CACAAGUCAGUUUUUUAAAUUAGCAUUAACGAAAUUAAAAGUCAGGUAAUAUUAUUGAAAGACUGCGGAACGGAACACCGCGGUAUCUGGGUUCGACAGGUCAGGUCUGAGACAGUUGUUGAAGGCGCACUGUUUGACAGUAAUGGAAGGCGGUACAACUUUCCCCCCGACAACAUUAGGUCUGUAAAGACAACAAAUGCCCACAAUGGCGUCUGUUUUGGAGGAUCCCACCCUAGAGAGACACUUCAAGGGGCAUAAAGAUGCUGUCACCUGUGCAGACUUCAGUCCAAACUGCAAACAACUGGCCUCGGGGUCAGUGGAUAAGAGCCUGAUGAUCUGGAAUCUGGCUCCCAAGGCAAGGGCCUUCCGAUUUGUUGGCCACCAAGAUGUUAUCACUGGGGUGCAGUUCUCCCCGCUUGGUAACCUGGUGGCAACGUCCUCCAAGGACAGAACAGUCCGACUGUGGACACCUUCCAUGAAAGGAGAGUCAACAGUGUUCAAAGCUCACACUGCCACCAUCCGCAGCGUCGCUUUCUCCCAGGAUGGCCAGAGACUGGUGACAGCGUCUGAUGACAAGUCGGUCAAAGUGUGGAGCGUGCACCGACAGAGCUUCGUCUAUUCCCUCAACCUGCACACGAACUGGGUGCGCUGUGCCAGGUUUUCUCCAGAUGGGCGGCUCAUAGCUUCCUGUGGGGACGACCGCUCAGUUCGGCUUUGGGACACAUCCACCAAACACUGCAUCAACUGUUUCACCGACUAUGGAGGAUCAGCAACGUUUGUUGAUUUCAACUCCAGCGGCACCUGUAUUGCAUCUGCAGGAGCUGACAGUUCACUGAAACUCUGGGAUCUACGGACCAACAAGCUGAUUCAGCAUUAUCAGGUGCACAGUGCAGGAAUCAAUAGCUUUUCCUUCCACCCAUCAAACAACUACCUGAUCACUGGUUCAAGUGACAGCACUGUGAAGAUCAUGGACCUGCUGGAGGGACGCCUCAUCUACACCCUCCAUGGACACAAGGGUGCUGUAAUCGCAGUAACCUUUUCCAGGGCUGGAGAGCUCUUUGCUUCGGGGGGAGCUGAUGGUCAGGUGCUGAUGUGGAGGACAAACUUUGACACCAAAUCCUACCAGGAUGUUCUGCAACAGCACAGCCGGCGGUCCACCCCUGAUCCCCCACCUCACCUGUCUGACAUCCACCCUAAAUCACCCCACCUUCAUCACUCACAGUCCACCGCCAUUCAGAUCAGUCCAACAGUGGCAGACACUCAGUCAGCUGAUCCGCAUGUCAUAGAGCUGGGCCAAGCUGUUCACAGCACCAUGCUCUUAAACGGCCGGAUGCACUUGACGCCCACGCGGUCCGCCGCCAACAGUCACCACUCCAACGGCUUGCCGGCGCGCCAUGCUGCCAGUUCAAGAGUGGAAGGACUGAAGGUGGGAAAAAGCAGCGGGAGGGCGGGUUCGACUGCUGGGAGCCAGACGGAGGCUGGCGGGGGAGGAAGAGGAAGGAGAGAGGAAGAGGAAGAGGAGAGAGGGGAGACGCACCCACUGGAAGUUCUCUCCGGUCAUCCAUCGUGUCUGGACUCUACGCUGGGACACAUUGUUCAACAGCUGGAUAUUCUCACGCAGACUGUUUCAGUGUUGGAGGAGCGUCUCACCCUGACUGAGGACAAGCUGAAGGAGUGUCUUCUCCACCAGUCCAAGAUUCUCAAGGACGUGCGAGCAUCCAGAGGGAGGCGGAGGACGGAGAGCGAGGGGACGGAUGGAUCACCUGUCCGUUUCACUUGA